GAACCGGCGAUCGUAGCUGGGAUGUUAGCGCGAGUUCAGCAGCUGCCAAGGGCGGGCACCUCCACAUCCUCCAUUGGGCAAAGAGCAACGGCCAGCCCUGGCCGGGCGUUUCCGUUUGCUCGUCCGCUGCGGCGGGGGAACAGCUGCACGUGCUCCGGUGGCUGCGGGAAACGGGUGUCAUUGGGACCACUCAACGUGCACGAAGGCGGCGAAGGGCGGGCACCUCGCGACGAUCCAGUGGCUGAGACAGCAAAGGUGUCCGUGGAGCGUCCGCACCUGUGCCGCGGCCGCAACGGGGGGUCCGCACAUGCUCCGGUGGCUGAGAUAGCACUGGUGCCCCUGGGGUGCGGACACGUGUUUCGCGCUGGCGGAGGUCGGUGACCUGUGGCUACGUUGCGUUGGGCGAAAGAGAACGGAUGUCCUUGGGUCCAAUCAAGGGUACUCAAUGCCGCUGCGAGAGGCGGAAACGUCCAAGGAUUGCAAUACCUAUUCGUCAGCCAGGGCCACGACCAAGCCUUGGAAGGUCGGCGUGCGGAUCUGUGUGGAGUGGCUGCGGGCGGUGGACACAUUGAUGCCCUGAAGUGGGCAAGGGGGAAGG